UUGUGAGGUUAUGAUCGUUCGUUUUUUUUUGGUUUCUCGUUCUUUUUAGGGAUUUGUUGUUCAACGUGUAAGUUUCAAUUUCGGAAAAAUGCCUUUCAAAAGGUUUGUGGAAACUGGCCGAGUGGUCUAUGUUGUAGAUGGUCCUUACAAGGGCAAAAUUUGUUCCAUUGUUGACUGCAUUGACCAAAAGACGGUUUUGGUCGAUGGACCCGAAUCUGGAGUACCUAGAUCUAAGAUGCGUAUUGCCCAAAUCCAUUUGACCAAAUUCAAGAUUAAUUUCCCAUACAAUGGAUCAACUAGAACUGUACGUCAAGCAUGGAUCAAAGCUGAUUUGAACAAGUUGUGGAUCCAAAGCAGAUGGGCUGAAAAAGCCGCUAACAGGGAAAAGCGUGCUUCCUUGGGUGAUUUUGAAAGAUUCAAGCUUAAGAGGGCAAGAAAAGUUAGAAACAAGAUCAGAACAAAUGUUUACAAAGCUUUGUUUAAUAAAACUUAUUGUCCCAAAAAGAAGACAGUGAAAACUGCUAAAGCGUAAUAAAUUUUUAUUGAAUUAAUGUAA